CCGCUCCCACAAUGCCUUGUACUUCCUCUUUCUUUCCUCCAUUGCGCUAGAGCCAUGAGGACCAUCAAGUCUAGUGAGGAGGUGAAAAUCCCCCCGGGGAUCACCGUCACUGUCAAUGCCCGAGUGGUCACUGUGAAGGGCCCAAGGGGAACCCUGAAGAAAAGCUUCAAACAUCUCAAUGUUGAGAUGAAGAUGCUUGGCAGGAAGAAGCUGCAGGUUAAGAAGUGGUUCGGCAACCGUAAGGAGCUGGCCUGUGUGCGCACCGUCUGUAGCCAUGUCUACAACAUGAUCAAGGGUGUCACACUGGGCUACCGCUACAAGAUGAGGUCCGUGUACGCCCAUUUCCCCAUCAACUGCGCUGUGUCGGAGGGUAACUCUGUCCUGGACAUCAGGAACUUCCUGGGGGAGAAGGUGAUCCGCCGGGUGAGGAUGAGUGAAGGCAUCAAAGUCAGCCUCUCCACGGCCAUGAAGGAUGAGCUGUACGUGGAAGGGAACGACCUGGAGCAGGUUUCUCGCUCAGCUGCCCUUAUCCAACAGAGCACAACUGUGAAGAACAAGGACAUCCGGAAGUUCUUGGAUGGAAUCUACGUCUCAGAAAGGACCACCAUCGAGGAGCCCCAAGACUAGACAUUUCCACACCUAGGAGAAACUAUCAAAUAAAAAAUGUGAAAUACCUGA